GGCCAUGUGUGCUGUCAUUGGUGAUGCUAGCCCAAAGAACCCAGUGCAUGGUACGGUGCCAGCAGCGGUGAACAAAUAAUGUACAUACUACAUAGUAGUCGUCAACUGAUGCCAUUGCCCUCGUGGGGCACUGACCAGGCAUGGGUGCUCUCUGGUGAUCGUUUUCAACCCGGCUUGGAACACCACGACUCGUCCACAGGACCAGGUCAGACCACGUCGGAGCGCUCACGACUGGGUUUGUGCACGGGUGGGGGAGGGGGGGCCUCAGGGAUAUUCGAAGUCCUCUCAUUGUCAUGCUCCGCGACGCUGGACAUCGACAUGAGAGUAAGUCUCCAGUGCAAUAGCUGCUGAUGAUCAUGUAUACCGUCCGGUUCACGACAACUCCCAUUGUUCGAGUCGAGAUGAAGUACUUGCGAGUCUCUCAUCCCACGCCUCUAGAACACAGUAUGUGCUAUUCUUAUCUUAUUGCCGCUCGUUCCGGUGAUCUAUCAGCUUCUGUACAAUGCUCGAUUAGUCGAUCUCAGAGCCCUGCUAAAGCUUCGUGUGCAGUUCUCAAAUCCACCGUAACUUGUCAGUGUGACCAUCGAUCCGUUACAACCACGGCACCUUUGCUGAGCCAAUCAGCAGCAUUUCGGGUUCAUUACCCCCGGAUAAUCGCACAACCUUAUUCGAUUGCUUGCAUGGACGUGCUCGUCCUCUGAGACGCUUGGCAAAGGCGAAAUUCGAACCUGGUUCGGAGGAUUUUCUGUCGAACUAGUCGUCCGUUCAUGUAUGCGAGGCGAGCAUCGCAGGGCCAUUCCUCACGUCCUU